ACUUGCUCCGCUUAGGGCUGCCCCAGUGGCAUGGGGCAAGCGCCGAGCCGCAAAGGGGAUACUCGCAAUGUGAGACCCCAGACUGCCCAAGCUGCGACAGAGGAGAUGAAGAUGGCGCGCACCUCAGCUGUCAAGAGCCUGACUCUCCGGUCCAUGGGUUGUCCAAGAUGGCCCAUAUGUCACAUGGGGGAGGCGUGUGCUUCCAGCAAAGGGAAGAAGGACCAACUUGGCGAUGGCGACGUCGUCUGACCAUUCCGGCCGUGAGGAUUCAACAACUGUUCGGCUCAAGAGCAUGAUUUCAAUCGCAUUUGCAGCGGCUGUCGCCCCCAAAAUGCCAACAGUUGUGAUCUGGAGCGGUCCAAAGGGCGACGGGAAGGUGGUGAAAGACACCCUCGGGCUGGGCCUCUUCCGCUGGCGCGUGGGCAAUCUCGUCGGACUCGCUUCUGCUCAAAAAGGAAAAGACUGA